UUGCAUUUGAGAGAAGAUUAUUGAAGCGAAUUGACUAUCGCUAUAUAAAAAUUUGAAAUUGAUGCAAAUGCAACGGCUGCACCGCAAAAAUAGUGAUAUAAGUGUAAAAGUGUUAAAUAAAUGGAUAACAAUUUAAGUGAAACAAUAACGAAAAUUGAAAUAUAAGUAUUUUGAACGGAACGAAACGGAACUCGGUAGUGCAAUUGAGCUGCAGUUCUAGGGUCGGGCAGUGGAAGGAAAAAAGGAAGCCAAAGCCACCAACAGGAAAAACGGUGGUGCAAAUAAGGAAAAAGCAGUUAGUUGAGGAAAAUCUAAACGAAAAAGAAAACAACACAUCCGCCAAGAUGGGUCUCAACGGCUGCUGUUCUUGUGUGAAAUAUUUAAUGGUCCUGAUAAACAUUUUAUUUUGGCUUAUUGGUCUGACUGUGGUAAUUGUGUCGGUAUGGAUGCUUACGGAUCCCACAUUUAUGCUAUCGAUGACGCAGUCGUACAAUCAUUACUAUAUAGCCCUUUAUGUCUUCCUGGCCAUUGGCAUAAUGAUCACAUUGGGGGCAUUCUUUGGCUGUUGGGGCGUUUGUCGGGAGUCUCAAUGUCUGCUAGUAUCGUUCUUCUGUGUCAUACUGAUUGUAAUGGUGGCCCAAAUAGCCGCCGGUGCCUGGGCCUUUCACAACAAAGAUAAACUGGAUGAUAUUGUGCGAGCCGCUGUUAAAUUUUCCGUACAGGAAGAGUAUGGCCAAUCCACUAUGAGUUCACGGACUGUUACUUUCGAUACACUGCAGAAGAAUUUAAAAUGCUGCGGUGCUGAUGGGCCUGGAGAUUGGGCGACAAGUCGUUUUAAUAAUGUGGAUCGUACCAAUAUUGUGGAUAUAGCCGUAUCAUCGAUGAAUGUCUUUUACAAUAUACCCGAAUCUUGUUGCAAGGACGACUUAAAGGAUAACGAAUGCGAAAUGUCCAGACGAUUAAAAUUCGGCGGCCCAUUAAAUGUGUCCAUUUAUCAACAGGGCUGCGUUGAUAAACUAAUUGAAAUUAUUAAUGAGAAUUGGAUAACCAUAUUCGCCAUUACGGCUGCUGUUAUAUUGUUGGAGCUGCUGUCGCUGACCUUUGCCCUUAGCCUGUGCUGCGCUGUGAGGAAUCAGUAUUACAAAGCCUGAGAAUUACAGAAUUCCCAUAGGGAAAUAACCGACGAUGAAAAGUACUAACAAACCAAAUGUAAACUGAGGCAAAGACGUUAUUAAAUCCAACAACAACCAAAACAACAAUAAUAAUAACAACAAAUCAGUAAUUUGGGGGAGAGAUUUAGAAGGCAAAAACCCUGAGA